AGAAGAAGAAAAAUGUGGCCUUUGAAAAUCCCAUGCGUAUGCAACACUGAGCAGAUGAGAGUUGUACCGUGUGAGUCGAUGCUUAGAAAACCCACCUGUUGUGAUUUCCAUACUGUAGUGUUUAUGACGUUCGUCUCAUGGUUUAUUUGCGAAUAAGAAUAAGAAACUGCUCAGAUGAUCAAUUAGUCAGUUAGGUAGCCUAUAUGCAGGAGUGUGGGAAUAAUUAAACAGAGACACAAGAAGGAGGACAGAAAAAGUAGCAUUGAGUUUAGUCAUGUUUCACACCUACACACAGAAGGUGGUAGAAAAGUCAACACUCCCCGUUUGGUAUCAAACUCCGGUUUUCCAUGGAACAGGCGGAGAUAAUGUCUUAGUUUAUAGAAAUGUUUGAUGCUGUUUCUCAGAGAAAACGAGAACAAAGAAGUGCGUUUUUACACAAUUUGAACAGAUGACCUCUCAUUUCUGUUGUGAAGGUGAAAACCACCAAAUCAGACCUAUAAGAGCUUGGGCACAAGUAUGGAGGACCAUAAAUGACCGAAUUAUCAAAAAAUAAAUAUCCAGUAUUUGACAAUAAAUACUUCCUUAAUACAGAUAACAUAACAGUACAGGUACAAAGUGUGGCUUUGUAACUGGAGAUCAGUACUUAUAAUUCAGUUUUGAGGUUCCUCCUUGUGCAGUUUCACAACAGUUCCCACCUUAAGUAAUGUGAGUCAUCAACAAGCCCUGAGUCAUGUGACAUGAGGGUAAAAUUAACACCUGAACUUCCUUCCAGUCAUUUAGAACUGAGUAAGCCAUGUGAAUGUGAGGUGAAACCCUCAAAAAGAAAAGUCCUGUUGUUUCCUACUUAAGUUCUUAGGAAUACCAUGACCUGGAUGACUGACAAUCUACACCCUGAAUCUCACUCUAAGAUACGUAUGACCAGAAGUAGCUGUUUAAGGAGACACAGCACAUCUAUAUGACCCAUUUAACGUUGGAAAGUCUGACACAUAUUUGUUAAAGCAUGAUCAAGUUGAAACAAAAGGUCUGAAUAACAAAACCCCAGCAGUCUGAUGCCUCUGUCUUCACUUGGCAGGCUUCCAGACCUUCAUUUAUAACACCACACCAGGAAGAGCUGAAAGAAAAUAAAAGGAGAAAGGACAAAUAAAUCCCUCUAGCUAACAGCUCAGCACUGGCUUCAGACAAGGAAGUACAGAUCACAAAUUUACAGAGUGUUCUCUUCCUUGCUGGUCAGAGUCUCUCUCUCUCUCUCUCUCUCUCUCUCUCUCUCUCUCUCUCUCAGCUGUAUUCACUUCCUCCUAUGAGUAAUAAGAGCAGCUUCUCAAAAACCGGCGUGUUUGUCAGACCGACUGACUGACUGAGUGAGAGCAGUCCAUAAAGAAAGAGGCAGCCGGCGACGGGGACUCAUGCUCCGAUCCACAACUCUCUGAAUGUUGACAGAGGUUUCCUGCAUCCCCCUUGUUUGACACCUGUCAACUGUUCCAAAACACAGACUUGUUGCCGUGGAGACGCUGAUGAUCCAGAAUAAGGAGGCGAGGAGGAGGAUUCCCCGAUCAGACAGUCCUGAGAAGAAGAAGAGCUCAGAGUCAGCCAUGGACCACCAGCAGCACGCCAAAGUGGAGCGGUUCCUCAAGUUAGGAUACUCUCACAGCGACAUCCUGAGGGUGCUGGAGAGCCUCCGACACGAUGCUCAAACCAACGACAUCCUGGAGGAGCUGAUCAAGACCUGCCACACUCGCAGCAGCAACAGUAGUGUCCCGAACAGCCCCAAACUGGUGCCCAGAGGCUGCAGCCCAAGUUCAAACCAGACCAGACCCGGACCAGACAGAGAACCAGCUGCUGGGUUCAGACCGGUGGUAAUAGACGGCAGCAAUGUGGCCAUGAGCCAUGGCGACAAGAAGGUGUUUUCUUGUCAAGGCCUUCAGCUGGCGGUGAACUGGUUCUGGGACAAAGGGAUGCGAGACAUCACGGUGUUCGUCCCCCUGUGGAGGAAGGAGCUGCCAAGGCCUGAGGCGCCCAUCACAGAUCAACAUAUUCUCCACGAGCUGGAGAGGAGGAAGAUCCUGGUGUACACGCCAUCCCGCUGUGUAAAUGGCAAGAGGGUAGUCUGCUAUGAUGACCGGUACAUCGUAAAGCUGGCCUUCGACUCAGAUGGCAUCAUCGUGUCCAACGACAACUACCGAGACCUGCAGACUGAGAAUCCCCAGUGGAAGAAGUUCAUAGAGGAACGGCUGCUGAUGUAUACAUUCGCCAAUGACAAGUUCAUGCCUCCAGAUGAUCCUCUGGGCAGAAAUGGUCCCACUAUUGAUGAUUUUCUCAGGAAGAAGCCGUGGACCACAGAUAACAAGCUGCAACACUGUCCAUAUGGUAAGAAGUGUACUUAUGGAGUAAAGUGCAAGUUCUACCAUCCAGAGAGAGCCAACCAGUCGCAGUUGUCUGUGGCUGAUGAACUGAGAGCUCUAAGGGACAGAGCCAAGAACUUCUCCCCUGCUUCAUAUCCGGAGCUCAGAUACACCUCGUCCACCCCUCCACCCCUGAACAUAGACGACCACAGGACUUCAUCCAGCGAGCACUCCGUCUGUCAAAGGGACUCCAGUAGCCCCAGAAGCCAACCGUACACCAGCAUGCACCACAACCCGAGCGUGGACAUAGACGAAGCCUUCAGCUCCAUGGAGAGCUCCAUGUCCAGGCUCUACAUCCAGGACAACCCCUACAGCCUGGAGCAGCCACUGCACAGCUACAGCAGCGGCGUGGCAAGCUACAGCCUGGGCCAUGACGACUACUCCCUCUCAGGUUCGUACGGCAGCAACAACCAGCAUCUCUGCCUGAAUGGAGGAGAUCUCUACUCUCAUCAGAGCGGCUCGUUGUCCUGCGACUACUCCAUGUGCGGCCAGUGCAGGUGUGGUCACCAGCAGGCCCGGCUGUCCCCCGUCAGCCACCACCAUCACCACCACCAGCCAGCAUGGAGCUCCUGCCCGGCACUGCCUCCACAUAACAGGGAACAUCCCGCUCAUUUCUCAGAUAGCCAGUACUUCAGACAAACCUCCACAAGACACACCCACAGUCUGCCAAGGGACCUGUGGGUGCAGGGAAGCCUCUCAGGCCCCGGGCCAAUUGGCAGGUCCAAGAGUCCGUCCAGCGAGCAGAGGAAGGGCCUGAGGAGCCAGCUGACCACCCUGUUCCCCCAGAGCAUGGUGGAGCAGGUCAUGAACGCUUACCCGCAUGUCUCAGACAUGUCUGAACUGAUUUCUCUGAUUCAGAGCUACAGAACCGGCCAAAUCUCCUUCUAGACUGUAAAGACUUUUUUUUUUGGCGUCUUUAAACUGAGCCCACAUUGGAGUUCUCAUCCCAGCAACAAAGUGAAAACUGAGAACAUUUCUUCAAAAGACUGUGAAUUUUUAUUACAAAUCAAAUCUAUUCUUGUAGUUUGAACUCCUUACCCUUUAGCAUUACAAAGUGACUCAGUCUGAUGAAGUUUAGAUAAUGUAGCACACUGAAUGCUAUUUCUUUAUCCCGUGUAAAAGUGCAAUGCACUACGCUCCAUAUGAGCUACUUAUUGUAGCACUGACAAAUGUUUUAUUUAAAGCAGCAUGUGUUGUUUCCCCAUGUUGCCUCAAAGUGAGGAACGCUAUGCCCUGUACUUCUGUAAAGAAUGUCACUGGCAAGUUUUUAAUAUGAAUUCUGAAGGCUUGUGUUUCUGCUGUGCCUGUGGAAAACAAAGAAUACUCAAACCACUCA